AUGCCCCCUGCCCUCGGCCUGCUCCUCAGGAACGCCCCCUGCCCGCCAGGGUCGCCCCCCGCCCACCAGGUUUCUCCUCAGGGAUGCCCCCCACCCUCGGGCUUCUCCUCAGGGACGCCCCCUGCCCGCCAGGGGUGCCCCCUGCCCUCGGGCUUCUCCUCAGGGGUGCCCCCGUGCCCUCGGGCUUCUCCUCAGGGAUGCCCUCCUGCCCGCCAGGUUUCUCCUCAGGGAUGCCCCCUGUCCUCGGGCUUCUCCUCAGGGGUGCCCCCUGCCCACCAGGGACGCCCCCUGCUCGCCGGGUUUCUCCUCAGUGAUGCCCCCUGCCCUCAGGCUUCUCCUCAGGGGUGCUUCUUGCCUUUAAGCUUCUCCUCAGGGGUGCCUUUUGCCCUCGGGCUUCUCCUCAGGGAUGCCCCCUGCCCUCAGGCUUCUCCUCAGGGGUGCUUCUUGCCUUUAAGCUUCUCCUCAGGGGUGCCUUUUGCCCUCGGGCUUCUCCUCAGGGAUGCCCCCUGCCCUCAGGCUUCUCCUCAGGGGUGCUUCUUGCCUUUAAGCUUCUCCUCAGGGGUGCCUUUUGCCCUCGGGCUUCUCCUCAGGGAUGCCCCCUGCCCUCGGGCUUCUCCUCGGGUGCCCCCUGCCCUCGGGCUCCUCCUCAGGGGUGCCCCUUGCCCUUGGGCUUCUCCUCAGGGAUGCCCCCUGCCUUUGGAUUUCUCCUCAGGGAUGCCCCCGGCCACAGGGCUUUUCCUCAUGGUUGUCCCCAGCCCCCAGGCUUCUCCUCAUAGAUGCCCUCGGUCGCCGGCUUUCUCCUCAUAG